UGUUUCUCCUCACCGUCAUAAGGGAGCACGUGCGCAUGUCGACCCCGCGAGCAUACAUACAUCUCUCCCAAUGAAGCGCACCACUUUUUGGGAGUUCGACGUCACAGUCAUGGUACACCUACAAGCCGUUCGGUUCCCCGCAUUUGGAUUUCUGGACUAUAUUGAUCACAUUCUGCUCGGCAACCUUGGGAACUCAUUAAAGUCCCAAACGUACCCACUAACACACCCAACUCCAAGUGACCCAACACAGCAAGAAAUCAACACAAAAUGACCCGCCAUACCGGUCACUGCACUUGUGGCCGCACCGAAUGGAUUGCCACUCUCGACCCGGACCAAGAAUCCCACAUCCUCUGCCACUGCGGCACCUGCAAGAGCCUCUCUGGUGGAACAUGCACGCUGAACCAGAUUGUGCCUAGGGAAAACGUGCAGGUGACGAAAGGGGAGGAGAGUUUGGGGUGCUAUACGUAUACGGGGAAUAGUGGCAAACCAGUCCACUGCUACUACUGUCCCAACUGCACGGCGCACAUCUACCACCACCAGACCGUCCUUGGGGAUGACAAGAUAGUUCUUCGUACUGGACUACUGGACGACGGACUCGAGCGCUUCGAGCCCAAGGCCGAAGUCUGGGGGAAGGCGAGGUUGCCGUGGGAGAAGGAGGUCGCGGAAACGUACGAGAUGUUGCCGCAGGGAGCCCCAAUUGAAUAGGCAAGUCCGGCACAGCGGGAAGGGAUUGCGUUCCUGCUUAUCCGUUUGUUUAUGUGUGUUGGUUAAAUCCGUUUCGCUACAUUAUGAUAGUAAAUUCAACUAGGAAUAA